UAAGUCGGCAACUGGAAACGAGAGGUGCCCUGGUCGCGCGAUUUGAACACAAGUGCCUGUCUGCCAGCACGGUACCCGGAGGCUCCACAUCCAAGGCACCGGGAAGCUUUGAUUACGCGUGCGUUCUCAGUUGGAACGGAGAAAGAUAUUUCCUAAUGUCUCUCUCAUCAUCUACACGGUGUGUUUUUUUUUUAAGAGAUGCGGCGCAAGUUGUGCCAUCCUUACAUCUUUGCACCGCGGUAAACUUUACAGGAUAAUGAGUCCGAUUUGACCAAUUAAAAGGGCCAAAAGAGACAGAGAAGUUAAUGUAUUGAAAAUGUCCACGACGCACCUUAGCUCUACGGCGCCCAACCAGAGCUACCUUUCCACGGCCAGCUACGAGAAGACAGACCCCUCGGAGGUGAAGAGGCAAAUCCGCCUGCUGCUAUUCGGCUUGUGCGUAAUCAUCGCCGCUGCUACCUUUGUCGGAGGUGUGUAUUCGCUGCUGUCUCUCAUUCGGAUGAGGAGAAAAACAUCCCUAUGUCUCAUUGUGGCUUCCAUGUCGGUGGACGACCUGCUCAGUGUGGUCCCUCUCUCCUUGUUCAUGCUCCUGCAGUGGGAGGCAGAUGGAGGUGGAGGGUCGGGCAGCCUGUGCACUUCAUCUGGACUUCUGUACGUGUUCCAGGGUGUUUCUAGCAAUAUGAAGGCUUGUCUCAUAGCAGCCUACACUUUUUAUGUCACCAAGAGAUUUGGAGUGCUUCAAUCUGUCCGCCGGCCCCUAAGAGUGAUAUGGGCCAUUGCCGGUGUGUGGGCGGUCAGCCUUGCCGUCAGUGUGUUACCUUUGUGCGGAUGGGGCAGCUUUACGCCGGCCUCUCUUGGAUGUUUCCCAGAGAGCGACAGUUUUUACACCAUGCUGCUUUUCUCUUUAUACUCCAUGUGUUUCUGCGGCUUGUUAUUUUUCUUCAUCCCUCUCACCUAUCAGCUGCUGUGCUCCAGGGAGUCCCAGAUGACUUUACUGUACCCCAGCUAUUUGGAGAUGGCGGGGGGACUGAGUGGCUCCGUUCCCCUCUGUGAUCUUCCUUCCUUUUCCCGGGACAGACUGGACAAAAGUUUCGGUGCCUACAACGAGCUGAGCCCUAGUUCAUGCGGGACAGAGCUCAAAGAGAAAGAGGACAGCGGUCUGUCCCCAGUGUCUGUCAGAGGGCAGAGGACUGCUGCUGUCGGGGACACCCCAGUGGUGUUUGCGCAAAAGCGCUUCUCCAUGAUCCUGGCGGUUGUUCGAGUUAUUUUAUGGAUGCCAAUGAUGACUUUGGUGCUGGUGCGCCACGCAGUGAAUGCACGCAGCUCAUCCCUGGAGACGCUGAGCUUCUUUCUCACUCUGCUUGCCCCUGCGUUCACUCCAUUAUUCGUGCUGUCUGAGCGCUGGAUCCACAUGCCAUGUGGCUGCUUCAUUAACUGCAAACGGAAUUCAAUGCAGGAACCUUCAGUGAUGAAAAGAAGAUUUGAGUUCAGUCUUUCUUUCCAACAAGGCUAUGGAGUCUACAAGUUGUCACAUGCCGCCAUGUCUCAUAACAGUCCACCCCUUGAGAAGCCUGCCUAUCACAACCUCUUUAACUGUGACUUCACUAAUACACGCCUGGAUGCAUUAGAAAGUGGCAGGCUCUCCAGCCUGGGGCCUGAUUUUAUUUUCAGCACCACCUGCCCUGUGGACAGCUCCUCUCAUGCAGACCUUCUGUUGGAAGCGGUGGCCAGUGGAGGAGAGGCACUGGCUGAUUGUCCUUCACUCCCUCAUGAGAACCACGGAGAUGACGACGACUUCUGCCGUGUCCCUUCGCUGCCUUCUCAUCACCAGGAGCAUGAUCACAAUCUCACUGAUACGUCGUCCGUGUUCGAGGGCCCGGAGAGGAGGCUGUCACAUGAGGAGUGUCGGAAAAUCGAGCUGACAGACUGGGAGUGGUGCAGGAGUAAAUCAGAGAGAACACCCAGACAGCGCUCAUCAGGUGGUCUGGCAAUCCCCCUGUGCGCCUUUCAGGGCACCGUAUCUCUGCAAUCACCAACUGGAAAGACCCUCUCUCUCUCCACCUAUGAGGUCAGCAGUGAUGGACUCAAAAUCUCCAACAAUGCCAAGAAGGUGGAAGUGUAUCGCUCCAAAUCAGUUGGCCAUGAGCCCAGUGCAGACGACCCAGCAUCCGGAGGCCAGGCUGGAGACGUGAACGUCAGCAGCGUAGGGAUGGGCAUGGAGAUUGGAAUGGAGUUGGGUAUAGGAGCUGGGGUUGGCGACACCAACGUCAAGAUCCACCUUGAGGUUCUGGAGAUAUGUGACAACGAGGAGGCCAUGGACAGUGUGUCCAUCAUCUCCAACAUCAGUCAGUCCUCCACCCACACCCGCUCGCCGUCGCUGCGUUACUCACGAAGGGAGAACCGCUUUGUCUCCUGCGACCUGGGUGAGGCGGGCGGCCCUUUUUUUUUUCCCCCCCCCCACCCACAAAAAAAAAAAAAAAAAACAAACAAAACCAAAAACCCCAACAGUCCCCCACCCCCCCCCCCCAACAGCCGACGGCAGACGCAGGAGAGCUCAGGGUAUCGUGAGGAGAUACAGCUGCUCAACGAGGCCUACAGAAAGCAAGCUGGGGAGAAGGAAGAGUGACAUACAGUACAUACAGGAUGACAAGAAGGUGUCUCUUAGGAGGAGGUUUGAAGGAGCACUUCUGACGGCAAAGGAUGAAAGACAAAUUUCCUAAUCAUUCUAUAUUUACUUCUUUCUGAUCACCACUCUAAUAGAACUGAGAGGUGACCCAAAUAGAGACUAAAGAAUUGUUUGUUUGCCUACGCUUGUAUUUCCAUCUAGUAUUCCUCUGCAUAGCACGUAGAGUUAGAUGAGCCUGGAAAGGAAGAGAGAUGAUUGUAAAUUGAGGAAAGUGAGAGAGAGAGAGAGAGAGAGAGAGAGAGAGAGAGAGACAACAUAAGGGAAAGGUAGGAGAGGGAAAACAGUAUUCCAGCAGAGCAUCUAUAUUCCUUGCAAGAGUUUCAACCAUAUGGCAGCCUGUCACAUGUCUAAAAUAGAUACAGAAAAAGAGACAUUCACUUAGAAGUGGAAAAGGAGUAGCCCAGGUCUAGUCACGGGCUUGAUAUGAAGCUGCUCCUGUAGACUACAUCACGGGUGACUCAGCCGCGAGGGGCGGGGUCACCCGGUCCAUGUGUCUGACUCAUCCCAGUGUGUGUUGUUGUGCAUUUUUUUUUGUGAGAAGUAGCCUUGCCCGUAAGGAUGAGGGUAUACAAAUGAGAGUUAUGGUUUGUGAUGUCCGCUACCAAAAGUAUUCACGUGUUUCUGCAUAUACUGUAUUUGUUUAAACUGUGGUGUGUUUUCCUUUGCGUCCAGCUGCUGUGUCCAUCAUGUAUUUACACAAUUAAUCUUGCUUCUAUCAAAUGAGAAGGAGGAGGCGAGAGAAAGGAAAGGAGAGGCCAACCAUUUGAGGGACAGUGCAAUGCAUUAUUGAACAAGAGGUCGAGGGGAUACUUAUGCAGAGCAGUUUUCUGCCUCAUGCACAUUUGGUGCAAUUUAAAUGAGUGACAGUGUGCAUAUUUUACUACAGUAAGCAGCAUAUGAAUGUACAUUUCAGAGCCACUUUGGGGGAUCAUCUCUCUGCCUGCUCAGUUCACUGCCCAUCCAAUCACUUUCUGUAUUGAAUACAUGCAUAAAUUCAGGACUGGAAUACAUUUUUCAUAGAUAGUAUUAUGUAUUUCAGUACUGUUUUUGAAUGGUAACAUAGAAUGUGAACAUCUAUCAGAAGCAUAUAAAUCUUUAUUGUCUUUCACAGAUAAUAAUACCUAUAUGUACAUUUACAUGUACAUGUGUGUGUAUACAUUGGUG